AUGGAAGUCGGAGUUGAUGCAAUGAUGGAUAAGACAACAAUAACAAUGGGACACCACUCACAUCUGAAUGGUCACCUGUCUUCAUCCGCAUCCACUUUGACAUCCAACAUCAACAGCAACAACAACAUCACAACAGCAGCAGCUGACAAGUCUACAUCAACAAGCAGCAUGUUGUCAACAAGUCUACAACAACACAAGUCACAGACACAGACAAAGACUCAGACACAGACAGACAAUAUCACAACAAGAACAACAACAAGAACAAACAAUAAUAGUAAUAUUAGUAGUAAGAGACAACAAUUAUUACAGGCACAGAUGGAUCAGGUAUUGAGCUUGGACGAGUUGGAUAGCUUUAGUAUUGGAUCAUACUCUUCGUCGUCAUCGGCACCAAAUCUUAGAUUGUCAGAGUUGAAUUCAUCGGCCACAUCUACAGACUCGUCGGCAUCAGGAUCUUCAUUCUUGUUUGCCUCGUUGCCAUCGUCGUCGUCUUCUAGUCAAGGACCAAUGCACACGCCUGUACACUCAUCCUCCGCUUCAUUCUCCAAUAUUGAUAGGAGAGCAUCAUUGGAUGACAAAAACACUUUAUCAUCAUCAUUGUCACAAUCACAGUCACAGGCAUUGCAAGGUAGUCCAUCAAAGCUUGCAAGAACAUUGAGUUCAAUGUCCUUGUACUAUAAGAAUACAAGACCAAUAGCAUUGAGCAAGAGUGGUGCACAGACAACGUCAUUCCUGGACAUGUCCACCUUGAUGCUGCAGCAUCAGCAACAGCCUCAAUCACCUCCAAUCAAUGCCAACAUCCCACUCAAGAAUACAGCGAGUGAUGGUGCUGGCCAGGGUGGAUUCGAACUGUACUCGCCACACUUUAUGAACAAGCGUCCAUCAAAUAUCAUCGACUUCCCCGCCAACACACCCCUGUUCAAGAGUCAGCAGCAGUCACAGUUCAGCACGCCCACCACCAACUCUACCAUGGGCUACCAGCACAAUGAUGAUGGCAGGGCGACACCCGAGGAGGAGAGGAACGAGCUGUUCCAAUUCUACGAAGCGAUCAAGAAGGAUCCCGAUGGAGUGAUACACGUCGAGGACAUUAGAAGCAUAUUAGUCAAUGGCUUUGGACCGUCCGAGGCCGAGGGUAUCAUCGCCACGCUGCCAUUCAUCAACAACACCAUCCCGAACCGGGAGUUUAUGAGAAUGGUGGAGGACUUCCAGCGAGUGGCAAGUGUAGACACAUCGAUGCAGGAUGAAGAUGUCUUCCUGGAUCAUCCAAUCAACAGUUUGCUCGACUUUAACACUGAUCCUGAGGAGGAUGGCGCCAACCUACCCAUCAUGUCUUCGUCAAUGUCCAAGUCCUCCACGAGCACAAUCGGCUCGCUCUCAACCAGGAGCUCGGGUCUUGUCUCAUCCAACCCAAGCCUGCGACGCUUUGACAUGUCCGUCCCACCAUUCUACGGCGAGUUGGAGGAUGUUGGAUCGAACGGUGAGCUCACCUCAACCGAUUACAUGACUCAGAUCGACAGUCUGAAGCAACAGUUGAGUGCCAGAGACAACAACACGGAGAAGGUUAGGGGUCUCGAAGCCAACCUACAAGAGACCGCACAGGACUUGGAGCAUUACAAGGAGGAGAACAGCAAGCUGCGCAAGGAGAAGGAGAAAGAGAGCCAAACACUCAAGUCAAUCGAGAAGAGGCACAAGGAGCUCAACGACGAGUAUGAGCGAUGUAAGAAAAGAGAGAACGACAAAGUCGAUGAGAUUGAAGAGUUAAAGCGCACAAUACAAAGGAAGAAGGGAGAGUUGAAGAAGUUAAAGUCUUUGAAUUCAACAAUGCUGAACAAUGAGGAAGAGUUGAAGAGGGUGCAGGACGAGAAGGAUAGUGAGAUCAAGAGACUAAAGUCAAGGAUAUCAAGACUGUCAACAGAGGAGGACGAGAUGAAGAAGUGUAUUUUGGAACAAGAGCAACAAUAUCAGCUGUUGGAACAACAACAUGCAAAGAUGUUACAAAGGCAACAGAUUGCAUUUGAUGAGAAUAUCAAUUGGCAACGACAACAACAACAACAAUUGCAACAACAACAACAACCGGCACCAGAUGUCGCACAAGUUCAGAAUCAGAUCACUGAGCUGCGAGCAAAGAUUGAUUCACUGGAGAUUGAGCGAUCGGAUAUUAGCGAACAUAAUCGAAAGCUGCAGGCCAGCCUGGAGAACUCACAGAGGAACCAAGUGUCCAUCGACACAUUCACAUCCAAGUACAAUGCUUUGAAGUCUCACUUGGCGGGCAGCAACAUGGCGGUCGUCGAGCAGCUCAACCACUCGCACCAUUUGGCCCAUCAGAUGAUCCAGUGCAUCGAUCAGCUGUCCCAAUCAUUCACACAGAGUCCAGACUGUCUGCUGGACCAUCAGAUACUCGAGCUCAAGUUCAGUAUCGCACAACUGCCUCAACUGCCCGAGGAGCCAGAGACUGAGCAACAGAAGCAGACGAUACAGUACAAGGACGCAACAUCAAGGCUUGGCAACACAAUGAAAGAGUUGAAUGAGAGAUGGAUCAAGCUGCAUGGAGACGUGGCUGAUUGGAGGAAGGGUAGUCAGUCCGAGGUCGAGGUUCACAAGAAUGAAGUGGAGGAUUCGCGUAAAGUUAUCAAACAAAUAUUGGCAAAGCAACAACAACAACAUGAGCAACAGAAACAACAACAACAUAAUCAACAACAACAAAUCAACUUGCAACAACAACAACAACAAAUACUUCAGGCCAGAGUUAUGUUUGCUCAGAAGACCAAAGAUGACAGCUCAUUAGUUGGCCAGGCCAAGUUCUUCUUCUCCCUCCUCGGCCUAGUCAUGUUCUCAUACAUCCUGCUCUCACUCUUCCUUGCCAACUUUAUGACAGAGACCACCUUUAUGAGACCAAGUUAG